AUGAAAGCCAUGACUAAUGAUGGAUUCCACUUCAACCAGUUCGAUGAAGUCUCAUGUGGAGGUCAGCACUCUGGAAAGCCAGCUGGAGACUGGAGGAGGUCCUGCCGGAAACCAUUCCGCCCUCAGCAAACCGUUCGAGCUCCUCGCAACGAUCCUCAAGACACGUUCAAGGUCAAAACGAGCCAGGAGACAGCAGCACCACCAUGGGAAGAUGGACAGCUGCCGAUAAUCUCCUUUACAGGCAACUUGACUAUUCCCUUCAGAAAGGAGCUGGAGGAAGGGCUGGCUGUUGGACGCAGCAUCACUAUUAAAGGAGUAACCAAUCACACCGCUCAGAGCCUGUACGUGAACCUGAGAGUGCCCGACAGCAGCGACAUCGCUCUUCAUCUCAACGCUUGCCUGAAGAAGAAGGUCUUCGUCAGGAACUCCUUCAUCUCUGGCUGCUGGGGCCCCGAGGAGACCAAGCUGGACUCCUUCCCCUUCACAGAGGGGGGGUACUUUGAGAUGAUCGUCCUGUGUGAGUCUCAGCAGUUCUGCGUGGCCGUUAACGGGCAGCACCAGCUGGACUACAAGCACCGGGUCCAGGACCUGAGGCGCAUCACGCAGCUGGAGGUCCUGGGAGACGCCACGCUGCACGCCGUCAUCCUCCUCUGAACUCGCCACGCUGCACGCCACGCUGCACGCCACGCUGCACGCUGUUAACAUCCUCUGAUGGCCCAGUGGAUAUGACACAUGCCUCAUCAACCAAUGAGUCCCUGAGCAAGGCACUUAACCCCUAGUUGCUCCA